CCUUGGAAUGCAAGCCUCUGGAUAUCUUCCGACGAUUCCGUCCGAGGUGGCGGCAGCUUUUCCAAUCUGACCAUCACACCCACCAACGCCAUCUUCAGCGGCCUCCUGGACAGCACAACCCUCGGCGGCGCCGGCUUCGCCUCUCAGCGUACCAUGGGCUCGCUGGAUUGGAACCUGGCGGACUGGGAUGGCCUCUUGCUCUCGGUUUCGUUGUCGGACGGCAUGAAGUAUACCCUGACGCUCAAGGACGUGCUGCCUGCCGAUGACAGCGCCAGCAGUCUGCUGUACGAGACCAACUUCACAGUGCCGAGUGGGGGUGCUGAGGCAGUCCAGCUGCCUUGGACGGACUUCGUUGCGACGUUGCGGGGGACGACACAGACAGGGGCAAAGGCGUUGGAUACGUCUAGUGUGAAGCGGUUGAGUAUCAUGAUGAGGAGUUACUUUGGGGAACAGCAGGGGGAUUUCAGCUUAACACUUGACUCCAUUGCGGCGUACAAGAGCGACGCUAACACGGCGGAAACCCGAGCUGCGUCUACCCCAGGAGAGUUGAUGCGAAGGAUUUGGGGUAGGAUUCAGUCUCACUUUUGA